CACCCUCUCGGGUCUCCACCGCCCUGGCCGCGUGGAGCCCCGUCGGUAGCCCGCAGGGAUCCGGUCACGCACCUGCCCCGGUGCCUCCUGGCGCGCACAUCCAGUGUCUUGCACACCCGGGAGCGGCUAAGGCAGAGGGAAGGUAACUAAGCGGAUUUUUUGGUCUUUCUCCUUUAAACCCGAGCAUCUCUACCCAAGUUCCUGUACAGAUGAAUCCUGGGGCCGCGACGGACUUUGAAAUCCCCAAACCCGCGUCUCCAAGGCCGGGCAGGGGAGUGUGACAUUUUUCAUCAUUCAAGUCCUUCUGCCUGUGAGUGUGGUGACAACAAGACAUAUUCUCAAGAUGCAGGUGUGAUUGGUCAACAUAAAGUCGCCUGAGAAAACAACCCAGAGCAGGAGGAGGAAGAGGACAAUAUGGCUGCUUCUCAGGGGCAGUUGACCUUCAGUGAUGUGGCCAUAGAAUUCUCUCAGGAGGAGUGGGCGUGCCUGGACCCAGCUCAGCGGAAACUGUUCAGGGACGUGAUGUUACAGAACUACAGGAACCUGGUAUUCCUGGGUCUUGCUGUGUCUAAGCCAGACCUGGUCACCUUUUUGGAGCACAUGAAGGAGCCCUGGGAGUUGAAGAGAAAAAGAACAGUAUCCAUCCACCCAGCUCUGUCUUCUCAAGUCACCCAGGGUUUGUUUUUAAACUCAGACGUAGAAGAUUCAUUCCAGAAAAUGCAACAGAGUUCACAUAAUGAAGAGAGAAGAAAUCAAUGCAAUGAUUACUUUAAUGAAUGUGGAAGACUUAAGCAACAUCUGAUAGUUCAUUCUGGGGAAAAGCCUUAUAUAUGUGGAGAAUGUGGCAAAGAUUUCAACUGUUAUAAAAGCGUUACUCAACAUCAGAGAAUUCAUACUGGAGAGAAGCCUUAUAAAUGUAAAGAAUGUGGCAAAGCCUUUAUCCACAGGUCAAGUCUCAUUCAACAUCAGGUAAUUCAUACUGGAGAGAACUAUUAUAAAUGUACAGAUGUCGGCAACACCUUUAACAUGUGUGAAACCCUUAAAGAAGAUGAGAUAAUUCAUUCUGGAGUAAAGCCUUAUGAAUGUAAAGAAUGUGGCAAAGCCUUUUUCUUGAGCUUAGAACUGGUUCGACAUCAGAGAAUCCAUAGUGGAGAGAAGCCUUAUGUAUGUAAACAAUGUGGCAAAGCCUUCACCUGGAGCUUAAGUCUUUCUCAACAUCAGAAAACUCAUUCUGGAAAGAAGCCUUAUAAAUGUACAGAAGGUGUCAAUGCGUUUAACAAGGGAGCAAGCCUUAAGAAACGCAGAGUUCAUUCUGGAGAAAAGCGUUAUGAAUGUAGAGAAUGUGGCAAAACCUUUAACAGGAAGGUAAAUCUUCGUCGACAUCGGGUAAUUCAUUCUAGAGAGCAGCCUUAUAAAUGUAGUGAAUGUGGCAAAGUAUUUAUGUCGAGCUCACAUCUGAUUCGACAUCAGAGAAUUCAUUCUGGAGAGAAGCCUUAUAAAUGUACAGAAUGUGGCAGAGCCUUUAAUGAGUGUGGAAGCCUUAAGAAACACCAGACAAUUCAUACUGGAGAGAAGCCUUAUAAAUGUAUGCAAUGUGGCAAAGCAUUUAACCGGUCUUCAACCCUUACCCAUCAUCAGAGAAUUCAUUCAGGACAGAAGCCUUAUGUAUGUGUAGAAUGUGGCAAAGCCUUUACAUGGUCUUCACAUCUUUCUAGACAUCGAAGGAUUCAUCAGAGAGAAGCUUAUGAAGGUUGAGUAUAUGGCGAAGCCUUUACACUGCAUAAUUCUUACCAAAUACAUGAGAAACUUUAGUGUUGUGAGAAGUGUGACAAAGCCUUUAACCUUGCUCUAGCUCUGUUCAAUAUUGGGGAAUACGUGAUAAAUAGAAGCAAUCUACACAAUAUGGAAAAAACAUCAAUCAUUGCCCAAACCUCAUUAAAUAUCAGAGAAUUCAUACCAGAGAGAAUCCUCACAAGUGCAUAGAAUGUGGUAAUGUCUUUAUCCAGUGUUGAAACUUUAGUCAAUAUCAUAUAAUUCUUACUGGACUGAAACAAUUGAAACAUAAAGAAUGUCAAAACCUUUAACCAUUUAUCAAGGCUCACUGAACUUUAAUGAAUCCAUACUAAAAAGAAGCCAUACAAAUAAAAAAGUUCAGCAUAGUCUAUAUUCAGCAUUUACAUCUUAAUUGAUGCACGAGAAUUAAUACUGGAGAGAAACUUUAAAGAAUGUGGCAAACCCUUUACCUGGACCCAGAGUCUUCCUGGAUAUCAGAGAUUGCCUUUGAAAUAAGUGAUGAAAAUCUUUCCCCCAAAUACACAUAGAAAAGUCUGCAGAAUUUGUGUGUGAAAGUGACUUAAAGAAGUAGAAAAUGUGUGAAAGGAGAUAAUGCAAAUUAAUGUAAAAUAUCGGAGAAUUCACGUUAGAAACUAGUAAGUCAAUAACACUUUUCAAAUAUGACUUUAAAUCAGAAUACUUAUUUUAGACAAUCUACUAAGGAUAGUUACAUGAUUUUUUAGUAUAGAUCACAAUAUCAAGGGGAUGAAUGUUAGGACAAACGUAAUUUACCUCCAUUGUAUCCUUUUUUAGUAUAACAGAAUUUGUGUUUUUUUUUUAA